AUGGCGGUAUUCACAAAUCAACAGUGAUUCUUUUCUGGCGUCAAAACGCUUGGACUUACAUUAUCUUUUGGGGAAAUAUCAUUUGAUACGCACGUGCAUGUGUUGCGUACAAGUUUGGUUUUCACGGCUAUAUUUUGUUUUGAACCGCAACACGAUCUAGCUAACUAGAAAGAUGUAGCUGCUUGUUAUUGAAUACCCCACUGCUUAACCAGAUAGGGGGGAAUUUUUAGUUGUUAGCUGACCCAGCCAGCUAUCUGUUGUAACCACUGUCGUCGGUAGUUGGUUAGCGAGAACUUUAAUUUUCCUUGCUGACCACCGUCGCUUGUGUUUUUGAUUGUGUGUUGCUGAAUCCUUUUAAGUAACGUUAUAAAAGGAACAACGGCACUAACAAAGUCGCCUGCAUUACACUACACGCUGCGGAGAUGAACGGUAAAGUCAUACCCCACACCCCGCUGGCAGUGGACUUCUGGCAGGUGCGGAAGUGUAGCCACGUCCGUCUGUUCUUCCUUUCUCACAUGCACAGUGACCACACUGUGGGCCUGACCUCUUCCUGGACCAACCGGCCCAUCUACUGCUCGCCCGUCACCGCGAAGUUACUGAAACUCAAACUACAGGUGAAGGAAAAAUGGGUCCACCCUCUGGAGCUCGGAGAGGCUCACAUGCUUCCGCUAGACGACAUAUGCAAGGAAACGCUGACCGUCACCUUAAUAGAUGCCAACCACUGCCCCGGCGCUGUCAUGUUCCUCUUCCAGGGCUACUUUGGCACCAUUCUCUACACAGGGGACUUCCGCUACACGCCGGCCAUGCUGCGGGAGCCGUGCCUGAGGACGCACACGGACAUCGACGUCCUGUACCUGGACAACACCAACUGUGACCCCACCCGUAGCCUGCCCUCCCGCCAGCGCGCCACCCAGCAGAUCAAGGAGAUCAUCCGCGCACACCCCGGGCACAACGUGGUCAUCGGCCUGUACGCUCUGGGGAAAGAGAGUCUGCUGGUGGAGCUGGCCCUGGAGUUCAGAACGUGGGUGGAGGUAAGCCUGGAGAGGCUGGAGACGCUCCGCGUGCUGGAGCUGCCCGACGUGUUUACCACCGAGCCGGGCGCCGGCCGCAUCCGCGCCGUGGAGCAGUCGGAGAUCGGCGCCGCCAACCUGGCGCUGUGGAACCGGCAGCACCCCACGCUGGCCAUCCUGCCCACCAGCCGUCCCAUGGUGUCCUUCCACCCCAGCGUACACGUGGUGCCCUACUCCGACCACUCCUCCUACCAGGAGCUGGAGGACUUCGUCUCGGCCCUGCGCCCUGCCGCUCUCAUACCCAUCGUGGGUACCUACCUGACCUGCUUCUCCUCCCUCCUCAGCCCCCGUAAGAAGCGGCGUGAGCUGCUGGUGCCAGAGUCAGUCCGUCGCUACAUGGCGAUGGCACCUCAGCUUGAAGCCCCGUCUGAAGCACCGCCCCCUGGCUGCCGCCUGGUAGCUCGCCCGCGUCGCCCCGCCCCCUGCGGGGUGGUGUUCGAGUCGCCCCCGCGCAACCGUGGGCUGCCCGGGGCAGAGGGGAAGGAGGUGGGGCUCCUGGAGCCAAAUCCUCCUGAGGAAGCGGACACCCAGCCGGGCCUCCUGCUCACGGAGCUGGCCUCCAGAGUCCCGCCUUCUUUCGCCUUCUGCAGGGGACCGGGGGAGGAGGUGAGGGUUCAGGAUGGAUGGAGCUGGAAUGGUGGUCAGGUGAUAUCGGCUGAGGUAGAGAUGGCAGAGACCCUUCCCCUCAGUCAGCUGACCCAGGUACACUCCUUCUACACCCCUAUGGUGGAGCUGAGACACCCGGCUGUCUCCCUGAAGCCCAAGAACCCAAGCCCUCAUCGCCCGGCUGCCCUGCGCCUCUGCCCCAUCCCCCUGUCACCAAAGAGGAAGACGAGGGAAGGGACGCCCCAAUCAGACGGAGCAUUGUCAGAGGAGUCCCGCUCACCGGGUGGAACACCUGCCAAAAACAUGAGGCGACCAGGAGAGGAGGUGAGGGUUCAGGAUGGAUGGCGCUGGAACGAUGGUCAGGUGAUAUCGACUGAGGUAGAGAUGGCAGAGACCCUUCCCCUCAGUCAGCUGACCCAGGUGCACUCCUUUUACACCCCUGUGGUGGAGCUGAGACACCCGGCUGUCUCCCUGAAGCCCAAGAACCCAAGCCCUCAUCGCCCGGCUGCCCUGCGCCUCUGCCCCAUCCCCCUGUCACCAACGAGGAAGACGAGGGAAGGGACGCCCCAAUCGGACAGAGCAUUGUCAGAGGAGUCCCACUCGCCGGGUGGAACACCUGCCAAAAAAAUGAGAACUGCAGCUGGGGACAGCAUUCCCACAAUGCCCUGCUCUGCCGUGCAGUCCGAAUUUGACAGGCAGAGCCAGUCACAUGACUCCGAGAGGCCACGGCUGUCCCUGCUGGAGGAUGGCCUCACCUUCCCCACGGAGGAGGUCACUUGCAGGUGGAGGCAGACCUCCGCUGGGCCCCCAACUGGGAGGAGUGACUCACUGCUGAGCCUGCCUCUCCUGCCCUGUGGACGUCGCAGGGGUCCCGGCACUGUGGCGGCCGCCCGGGGUCACAGACGGCCCCGGGAACCAUGA